GAAGGACGCUUCGCCGACCCUCUCUCUCUCUAAAACUGGGGGAAAAAAGCUUAAAACCUAAAAUUUUUAGAGAGAGAAAGAAAUGGCGAUUGCGGCGAGCCGUUUGGGGCUCCGGCGAAUGAUCUCUUCCAUUCCCGGUUUCACUCCGCCGCCUCCGGCGACUCCUAAGCCUCCGGCUGAGCCCUCGACCAACCUCUUCGUCUCAGGUCUUAGCAAGAGAACUACAUCAGAGGGCUUAAGGGAAGCCUUUGCAAAGUUUGGGCAAGUAGUGCACGCUAGAGUUGUAACAGAUCGUGUUUCUGGAUACUCCAAGGGGUUUGGUUUUGUGAGAUAUGCUACUUUAGAAGAUGCAGAUGCAGGCAGAAUGGGUAUGGAUGGCCAGUUUCUCGAUGGAUGGGUUAUCUUCGCAGAGUAUGCAAGGCCGAGAGCUCCACCAUCUCCUCCUCAGGAUUCCAUGUCUCAAACUCAAUCUGGCUAUCCUUCAUCGGGUUAUUAUUAAUAAAUUCAAGGUUCUGCCAGAGAAUAUAAUUUUAAGUUUAUAGACUGUUAAGAUUAUUCUGUGUUCCAAGUGAAGCAAAGGGUGUGCCCAUUUCGAUACAUUCUUGGUGGUUAAAUCUUCUUAUGUAUAAGUUGAACCUGUUUGUGAUUGAAAGAUGUAAGCAUGGUUAAUGACGUGCAUUAUGUUGAACAUAAAUUUUGGUAUGUAAUAGUGUCUGAACUUUUAUAUUGCAAUUCGAUUUACCUCUUGGCGUGUUCAAA